AUGAGUAAGUUUUUUCAAAUUUAGAUAGUAGUUUAUGAUUCAAAGAUAUCGCAGAGGAUAAAUAUAUAAUAAUAAAGUGGAAUAAAGAAAUUUAUAAGAAGCGAAUAAGAAAUUAAGAGAAUUAUUAUACAAGAAAACUAAGAAUGGCGAAAAUUAAUAGAUUCUUAAAUGAAAUUCUUUUAGAAAUAUAUGUUACAGGAGAUGGAUAUGAAAUUAAUGGAAUUUUAAGGGAAUGAUUGA